UCUUUUUUUUAAUCUGAACACUUUUCAAUAAUUCGCCCUUUCCUCAAAAAAUUUAAAGCUGUUCUUCUCAGCUGAAUCUAUUAUUCUCAGAGCUCUCAAGAAUGGAAUAACCCAAAAUUGCCAGUUUUGUCCUGUAUUCUAUUUAUAGGUGAUCAUGUAGUGGAAGAACCAAACGGCAAAGAGAGGGAUUUCGGUGGAAAAUAAAAAACAAAAAAUUAUAAAAAAAUGAGCGUUUCUUUGACUGUAAUGACCUUCAAUCUUCACGAGGAUCAGCCACCUGAAAGUCCUAAUUCGUGGGAAAAGAGGAGAGAUUUAUGCUUAAGCGUGAUAACCAGUUAUUACCCAAUGAUUCUCUGUACCCAACAAGGAGUUAAAUCACAGUUGGAUUAUCUUCAACAAGGCUUGCCAGGUUAUGAUCAAUUUGGAAUAUCAAGAAAAGGACCACAAGACGCUUUGGAUGAACAUUGCACGAUCUUCUAUGACAGAGAGAAGGUGGAGUUUCUAGAAGGUGGAACGUUUUGGUUAUCAGAAUCACCUUCUGUUCCCGGAAGCAUGUCAUGGGGGGCUGCGGUUCCAUGCAUCGCAACGUGGGCGACAUUUCAACUAAAAGGAGUUGAGCCACCUGGGUUUUCAUUCCAGAUAGUUAAUACCAACAUGGAUGAGUUUAGCCCUCGUGCUCGUAGACGGAGUGCUUUACUUACCUGGCAGCACAUUGCUUCCUUGCCUCCUAGCUUGCCAGUUGUGUACUGUGGUGGAUUUAACACACAAAAGGAAUCAACUACUGGACGCUUCCUUCUUGGGAGAUCAAGAGAGCACGGUGUGGUUGGGGAUAUGAGAGAUGCAUGGCCGAAUGCCCGGGUGAGGAAAAAUGUUUCUCUCAUUCGCACUUAUCAUGGGUUUAAAGGAAACAAACAAGGAGCUCUUGAGUUUCUCAAGUUGAUCUUUAGAGCCCUUUGUCUUUGCUGGGAUCGCCAAACUCAAGAUCUGCACAUAGAUUGGAUUCUUUUCAGAGGUCGAUCUCUGGUUCCCGUUUCUUGUGAAGUGAUCAGCGACAACACUGACGGAGCUUACCCAUCCUCCCAUUAUCCCCUGUUUGCCGAGUUUAUGCUUCCUCGCACUGUGAGAAUGAUUGAACCGCCUGCUCAAGAGGAAAACUAAAAAAUCCAAUUGUUUUGGAGACCCUUUGGCUGUAUCUCCCACAUUCCUUUGCUAUUAUUCAUUUAGUUUGUUAUUCUUCUGAUUGAGGGUUCACCAGAAAAGAUUGUGGAUAUAAUUUCAUUUUGGGUGGUUGUAUCUUUGUAUUGUCUCCUUAUUUUCAAGAAUCAAUAAUUGAAGGAAAUUUUCAUUCA